GUAUUUAUCCCCGCGUUCGAUGUCUCUCGGACGGCGAAGAUUCUACGCCGUCCGGCCAAUCACGUUUCAUAACCGCAGCCGAGCCCCCGCUGACCUUGGACGGGAUUGGCUGGACGGCAAAGAAUCUUUGCCGUCCGGGAGACAUCGAACGCUGCCUCCGCUGCCUAUACACACACUUGAUACACACUGGCCCUUGUACUGUGGAAGAAAAUCUUGACCAAUAGGGCCUUGCAUAAAUUAUUCACUAAUGAAAUUAAAAGCUGCGGCUUUCUUGCAAGUUUUAGCAAAUUCUGUUGUGUAGUUUUUCUCUUCUGACUUUUCUAUCUCUCUCUUACUUGACAUUGUUGGAACCCAACCACAACCCAGGUGGUGGUCCAGUGUUGUGCCGUGUGCCUGGAGGCGGCAGCCGGCGCGGCCGCGGUUUCGGCCUCCAGUCGGUGUGGAGACUGAGCAGCCAGCACAAUGCCGCUCCCUGCGGCCCUGGCCGCCAGACUGGCCAAACGAGGCAUUCUGACACCCGACAAGUCCAAGCAAUCAGUCAGGGACACCGAUGAGGAGGAAGUCAUUGCGGAAGACUACGAUGAUCACGGAGCAACUGAUCUCCAGCUGAACUAUGCCCAUAAUAAGCACGGAGGCAAGCUGGUGACCGACGACGCCACGGCGGGCGCGCUCGGCUGUCCCAACAAGUGGAACGUCUACCACGAGUGCAGCGCCUUUUGUCAGAGGCGCUGGGGCGCCGGCCAAGACCCCGACCCACGGCUGGAGCUGAAGCGUCUGAGGAUGCUGGAGAAGUACCCGCUGCCGGCCGGCUGGUCGGAGGUCUACGACCCCGGCACCGGCCGUUACUACUACUGGAAUACGGAGACGGAGGUGGUAUCCUGGCUGCCGCCGGGACACCCGCGCGCCAGGCCGGGCGCCUGCGCGGCCGCGCUGCGGCUUCAGCUGCAGGCGGCGCAGCGCGAGGGGCAGGCGGGCCAGCCUACCGAGCCGCACACCGACACCGCUCGGCCGGCCAGCGACCAGGAGAUGUCGGAUGACGAACACGACCGAGAGAGGCAGAGGGAGCGCGACCACCGCCGAGAGCGAGAGCGGCGGCCCCGAGAGCGGGCCGCGGCGCGCGCCAGAAAACGGCCCGACGAGCUGGACCCCAUGGACCCGGCCGCCUACUCCGAUAUCCCCAGAGGCUCGUGGUCGGCUGGCCUGGAGCGUGACGUGAAGUCGGGCGUGGACGCGACGGCGUCUGGGCCGCUGUUCCAGCAGAGGCCGUACCCGAGCCCGGGCGCCGUGCUGCGCGCCAACGCCGCCUCCCGGCCCGCCGACGCCGGCGACGGCCAGUAGCGAGCGGCGGCAGCGUGCCGGCCGGACUGCCAGCGACGCCGGGACGCCCGGCCGUCUGGCUCCAUGACUCUGCUGAUCUCGUGCUGAGCCGGGACUGAACUUUGGAACUUUGGCGCUUAAAUAAAUGUGUACACUUUCAUUA